CGCGAAGAUCGGCAGCUAGAUGUUUCGGUGGGUGCCGAGGCUGUCAGUUGCUUCACGAAAGAAACAAAGAAAGUGCAGAAAAAUUGUGCAAAAUGUUGGGAGGAAAUUCUCCCUGAAAAAUUAGUUGUGCCCUAAAGAGAAGUGCGUAGGCGUCUUGGGGACAUUACGCAAUAUCAUUUGGUGCAUUGUGCGUGCGUGACCCGCGGGUGCGAAUGCAUGAAAAGUCCGCCUGAUUGUGGCGUGCAAUUGUUGCGGAAGAAGAAAGAACGGGAGGAGGAGGAGGCGCUUUUGGGGACACCAAGAUGCCCUGGUACGCUCUCUGGUCAGAUGUGAUCAAGAAGAAGGUGUGCAGGUACCUGCUCCAGCGAUACUUGGGGCAAUUCCUGCAGGAGAAACUCUCCCUGGAGCAGCUCAAUGUGGACCUGUACAAUGGCAAGGGCACCGUCUACGAUGUUGCCCUCUACAGCGAGGCCCUGAAUGAGCUGUGCCAAAGUCAAGGAUGGGCCUUGGAAGUCAUCGAGGGCUACCUGGGCUCCGUCACGGUGAAUAUACCGUGGAAUGCCCUCAUGACGGAGGACAGCUACAUCGAAGUGUCGGGCCUGUAUUUGGCCCUCAAGCCCAAACCAACGGCCAAAGAGGGGCAAUCGGUGUUGGAAUCCAUGUGGUCAUCAAUGAGUAGCUCAAUGCAACUGGCGCAGGAUUGCAUGGAUCGCGAUGGUGAGAAUCUCUCACAGAAUGUUCAAAUGACCGCCAUGGAGGGUAUUGAGAGAUUCGCCCAAAUCAUUGAUAAUGUUCUCAAUCGCAUAAAGGUAAAAUUCGUGGAUACAGUAGUACGACUGGAGUAUGUGCUGCCAAAUAAACAGAGAGGAAUUGCAAUUGUGGUGAAAAUAAAGAAGAUUGAGUAUCAGAAUGAGGUUGGUGGUGAUGGGCAAGAGGGCCAAGAGGAGCAGACAAAUCAGCCAAGUGGUGGUCAGGAAAACGAAGGAUCUCCAUCGGCAUCGCGGAAGAAAUCCUAUUUUAUCUCCACGCAUGCCAUUCAUCAGAUUGUCCUGGAGGACAUUACGUUCCACACGGAGGAAUUCCUCCUGGUGGAUGAGAGGCAAACGAAGGCACAGAGUAGGGCAUCGAGUGAGCCAUUGAGUGAAGUUAAUGAGCAAUUUCACAGCACAAUCUCCACAAUGUCGUCCACAAUGCAGGAUAGCCAAGAGACAUUCCUGAGUGAUGAUCGUGAGGAGGCAGCUGCGGAGGAGGAUGAGGACAAUGGGGUGAGAAUUGUCUCGAGUGGAGAGAUUCUCAUGGGGCGUUUGAGGGAGCGUCAAGAGGUGCGAAUUCGCAUGAAGCAAUCGGAGAAUGUGCCUGGCCCCAAAGUUGAGUUGGAUUUGAACUUGGGCGCAAUGGAGGUGUUCUUGUCACCGCGGCAGGUGCAUUUGUUGCUCUGUCUCAGUGAGAGAUUCACCGGUGAAGGCGUCAAUGCCACCCAAAUGCCUGAUUGUGCCCCCAAAGAGGGCGAAAGGGAUCACCGGCAGGUGCCUGUGGCUUCCAAUGUAACCCUCUCAGCAGCCACUCAAACAACACCCUUCACCCCAAUGUCCGGCAGUGUUGGGCUUCAGCAGGGAUGGUCCAGCAACAUCUACGAUGAUCCAGCAGCAAAAUCGUGCCAGCAAAUCUUCUACUCAAUUGCAGAGCCAUCAAAUCCUAUCGUGGGUGGUGGUUGUGGGAAUAUAUUUGACUCCGUAAUGUCCUCCAGCAGCUCCAUGACGAGCUCCAUGAGCUCCGCUACGAAUUGCGGGAAGCGCAGUAGUGGCCCUGAUGCGGAUAAUUCCCUCAUUUCGCGUUUUGCCAUGCGUGUGGCAUCCAUCCUUGUAAUUUGCCUGCAUGAGGAUGUGUUGUUUGAGAGUUCACUCGAUUCCCCGCAGUGUCGUCCACUGACGGAGGAGAGUGUGGUGAAGAUGACGGGAAUGGCGGAAUGUGUCUUCCGGAAGCUGCUUGAGGUGGAGUAUGACACAGAGGUGGACGGUGGUACGGAUGAGUGCCUCAAUGGGGUGCUGGGGAAGCACCAUUUGCGCCUGUGGUUGGCACCCGUUAUAGCUGAGGGGGAUGAACAGCGGAAUAUGAAGGAGAAUGUGAUGCAAAUUGCGGUGUCCGUGGCGCGUGGGCAUCUCAAGGAGGUCCUCACCGAUGUGGCUGUGCCUUUGUUAGAUUUCCAUCGGGAGGACACUUCGGGGCUGGCGCGACGUCCCGAUGUCGUUGUCAAUGUGCACAAGCUGGAAAAAAUCCGGCAACGCGGUGGAGCUGUGCGCUUUUCACUGCCAAUCACAACGAUCAACUGCAUCCUUGCGCCAUGCAACACUGAGAUCGAUAUUUCGAUCUACGAUCGACUGAAAGCGGUGCUAGAUGAUUCUCCGUUUGUACACAACAACGAGGAAUUGUCCCAAAAAUUAGAUUACACAACAAGAAGAUCCUCUAAGGAGGCUCAAAAUCCAUCCACCACAGCGACCCUCGUGGUGGCAUCCCAAUGCGCUGAUGUUAAGCUGCGCUUCCCCAUUCCGGACCUCCGGCCCCUGCAUGAUCCCCAGCGCGUCCCGUGGUGGCGUCGCAAUGUACGUCCGGAUUUCCUAACGUUUCGCCUGCAUGGCAUGAAGAUCUCCAAUGUGGCAACAUCGGGGUACAAAAUGGAAGCCCGGGAGAUUCAUAUUUUCUACUGUGAGAAUGAUCGUGCACCCAGUAUAGCUAUUGGGCGAUGUUCACAGCGCCUGGACGCUGAUACGCAGCUAAUGGAUAUUCCAGCUGUGUUGGUGGAGGUUGUACCGCAUGAGGAGGACACACUGAGCCUGUUGGAGCGACUUGAGAGGGAGUCCCCAACGGAGGGGGCUCCCAAGAAACCAAAUCCAACACCUUUCAGUGCUAAACGCGUCUGCCGGGAGAGUGAUACGCCGCACAAGAAGAGCCCCAAUGAUGAUACAGAAACCCUCAUUAUUCCCGGAGAUUCAGCUGAAAUGUCAACAUUCUGUGAAUUUGCACAUCGCAAUUCACGACUGAGGAUAAAGAUUAACUUGCCGCUGGUGAGCCUUCAGCUGCGCUCAAAGCAUCUCUAUGAGAUCCUGUACAAUCGCAUCAAUUCAGAUUUGCUGCUGUGGGAACCAGCAAGCAAUGCCAGUGUGCCACAGCAGACGCUGGAUAAUUUCUUGAAUGUUGGAAUGAUGGACUCCAUUUAUGCUCCAGCAGCAUCAAUUCGUGCCAUGGCUUCGGAUUAUUCGGCCACAAAUACGUCAGAAUCGUCUGGGGAGGAGGAUGCAAAUGUCUUCUAUUCCAUGUACGAUCGGAAGAAGAAUCGAAUGCCCGAGCCUGUUGUUGAGGGGACAAAGAGUUGCGAUGUGUGUGUGCACGUUAGCAUCACAGAGGGUUUGCUGACGAUGCAAGCCCCAGUGAGGGAUUCGAAGAAUUUGGUGAUUCCCGAGCAGUUUGGGGAGUAUGUGAUAAAGGUGGAUUGCUUGUCGUUGUUCACCGUGAAAGGGUACUGUGGGAAUGAGAAUUUGGGCUUUGUCUGCCUCGAGGUGGUUGAUGCGGAUUUCUAUCAUUGCGGCAUUAUGCCAUCACCCAAUUCGGACCCACCAAUUCGAUGGUUUGACUCACUCCUUCCGGAUUAUCUUCUCCGGACGAUCUACAGCACACCGAAGGAUCUCACAAUGCAGAAGCCACGUCGUCCAAAGGAGCGUGAGAUGAUUUCUCUGGCUAUACAGAUUAAGCAUUGCCCAGAGCAGAGGCUGAAGCGUAUCCGGGUGGCAGCUGGCAUUGAAGCAGCCACACUGAGGCACAAUCCAUCGCAACCGGAGCAUACGUGGCUGACGGAACUCAUUGAUAUGUUUGACGUUGUGGAUUACCCCAUUUUGGGGUAUACGGUAUCGGGUGUUGUGACUGAGAUGCAUCUCCAUCUGUGGGACUGUGCCAUUGACUACCGUCCCAUCUACUUUCCCUAUCGGGCUGUCAUUACGCUCGGGAACUUCAUGGUGAGCAGCAAUAUAACGACAACAUCACCCGGAUGCACCCUUCGCUUCGUCGCUGAAGACUGUACGCUUUCCCUGGCACCGCAGGCGGUGGAAGCGCCUCCCGGUGGAGCAGCAGAAGAUUUCCCCAAAGUCCCGGAAAAUCUCCACGGGGAUUCGAGGGAUCUUGUAUGCGUUGUUGACCUGGGACUCUUUGAGAUCUCUCUGCGUCUCAAUGAGAAAGCAACGAGCUAUGCACCGAAAUUUGAUAUGCGUGCCGCCAUCAAUGAUGUCCACAUCCGGACGUGUGCUGAUUCCGCAAGGGCACUAGCACAGCUGAUCUCGUACAUUGCAGCCAAAGGGGAUUUGGAGAGUAAUGGGCCAGAGGAGACGUGUGAUUCAACGGGGAAUCUCGGUGAGGCAGAUGCGGAUCUCCUUUCGGUGCGUUCCAGUCAGGUUUCCAUCCCUGAAGUUACCCAUACGCAGCAGCAGCAUGUGAAUACCCUCAUGGCGGAAGCGAUGCAGGAGAGUGCCAUUGAGGAAUCAGAUUAUUCAGAUGAUGAAAUUGGCGCAAUGGGACCAGGUGUGGAUGUUUUCUUCUUCCCGGAUGAAGCAGCAAAGAUGGGUAUUAGUUCGAAGCAAUCCCAAAAGGGUUCUACACCGGAUUCCGUGAGCAUUACAAGUAGUGAUCUCAGGGAAUUGUAUGACUUUGAAUCAUCCGUCAUGGGUGGUGGGCAGCAAGAGCAGCAGAUUGAUAUUGAAGUGGAGGAAGCUCUGCCGCAGGUGGCAAAGGAUUUGGGUAGUGUGAGACGUCGUGAGGUAGCAACUCCGUCCAAGGGGCAUCAGCGGCACAUCCGAAAUGUUAGUUCCGGAACUGAUGAUGAUUUUUGCUUCAUUUCCGAAGAGGAGCGAGUGAUCUUUGGUGGGGGUCAGAGUGAGGUGGCAGUCACGGAGGACCCAAUAAGGAUUGUUGACAAUCAUUUUAGUGUGCCAAAUAGGAAGCCAGAUCUCCUCCAGGCACCGCAUGACUUCCCAAUGGCCGUGAUUCGGUACACCCUGUGCGAAAUGUCCAUCACGUGGCAUAUUUUUGGUGGAAGUGACUUUGGAAGUGCCCCCCAGGUGGUGGUGAAGAAGGACGACUCCCUGCUGGAGGAUGAAUCCUAUCGCCUCUCCUACCAUUUGCCAAUGUCAGAUGUCUAUAAAUACGGGGUUUCCUAUGCGGCAGGAGCAAAGAAUGUCGCAGAUGCACGAAGGCAUCAACCAACUGGAGGGAAGCUGUCGUGGAAGACACGCGGAGGUAUCAAUAGACGCCAUGAUAUUCUCAUGGAGUUUCAACUCAAUAAAGUUCGCUUCUCCCAUGAGGUGUACCCCAGCGACAGGGAACAGGCUUCCCGGCAGGUGCUUCUUGUCUCCGACAUGGAGAUCAAAGACAAAUUGGCCGUUUCGAAUAUCAAUAAAUUCCUCUAUCAUCCCACAAGUGGCACAAUAAAGCCCCAACAAUCUCGUGCGAAUUUAAUUGUCAUCAAGGCUCUCCAUUUGCGAUCGGAUCUCUCCCUUCCGGCUCAAGAGUGCUGCCUGCGUGUCUCAAUGCUCCCACUGCGACUCAACAUUGAUCAAGAUUCGCUACUCUUCCUCUUUGAUUUCUUCCAAGAAUUCAGUGGUGGGGAUACGCCAUCAAAUCAGGAAAUUGUGGCUCAACGUCAAGUUCCUCCGUCGAUGUCCCCACCGCCAAUAAUGAUGGUGGACCUUCCGGAGGCAGCACAGGAGCUCCAAGCAAGGAAAAUGGUUUCAGAGAACCUCAUGCUGCUCAUGGAGGAUGAGGGGGAGAAGGCUACAACACCCACGGCUGCUGACACGGAAGAUAACUCACCCAUCUACUUCCGAAGUAUCUCCUUCAGUCCUGAAGUGAAGAUUCGCAUUGACUAUCAAGGGAAGCGCGUAGAACUAUCCCGGGGGCCCCUGGCGGGACUUCUUAUGGGCCUAGGGCAGCUUCAUUGCUCGGAAAUUCGACUGAAACGUAUUUGCCAUAAGAAUGGCAUCCUUGGUGUGGAUAAGCUACUUAAUUUCCUUCUUCAGGAGUGGUUGCAGGACAUCAAGAGGAAUCAGCUGCCAUCGCUACUGGGCGGUGUGGGACCAAUGCAUUCUUUCAUUCAGCUGUUUCAAGGAAUCCGUGACCUCUUCUGGCUCCCAAUUGAGCAGUAUCAGAAGGAUGGGCAAAUUGUGCGUGGCCUCCAACGAGGGGCACAGAGCUUCACAGCACGUACUGCUCUGGCUGCCCUGGAGAUUACAACGCGUCUCAUUCAUUUGCUACAGAUUACAGCAGAGACAGCCUACGACAUGGUAUCCCCUGGCCCAUCGGUGCGCCGUGUGCGUGGGUACAAGAAGGGCAAGAGGAAGCGCGUGCAACCGCCACAGGACAUCCGGGAGGGUGUAGCGAAUGCGUAUCAAAUUGUCCGGGAUGGUAUUGGGGAGACGGUGCACACAAUAAUGGAAGUGGCGGCCCUGGAGCACGAUCAGAAGGGCUACACUGGGGCCGUGGGGGCUGUCGUGCGUGAAAUCCCGUCCACAAUGGUGAAGCCCAUCGUUCUGGCCACGCAGGCCACGACAAAUGUCCUCGGUGGGGUACGCAAUCAGCUCGUACCGGAUGCGCGUAUUGAAGCGCGAGAAAAGUGGAAGGAUGACGAGGACUAACAUUGACCAAUUUUGCCGCUGCUUCCCAUCUUCAAAACACUUGCGGUAAAUUAUCUUCUUUUCUUUUGUAUUUGAUUUUUCUUCAUCCAUUUUGCUGUUUAUUUUUUUUACCAAUCGUGACGAAAAGAAAAUUUUAUUUUGCCAGAAAAAACAAAUUAUUAUAGAAGAAGAGAAAGGAAGAAAGUCAAUUUGAAAGUUAUGCGCAAAAGGGAGGACCCUUUAUUCUAAAAAAAAAGGAAAAGAAUAAGAAUAAUUUUACUACGCCCCUUUAUGUCUUAGUUAGGUAUUUUUUAUUCUAUUAAAUACGCAACAAAAUAUAAUAUACUUUACAAAACUCUAUGAAUUUACUAAAAAAAAAACAAAAAGAAAGAAAGAAAAACGCGUGAAAAUGAUUAAGAGUGUUGAAAUUUAUGAACAAAAAAAAUAUUCAAAAGAGAUAUAAAAGAUAUUUUUAUGAAAGAAUUAACAACAACAAAAAUUUCCUUGAUAAGAAACUAUUGCGACGUAUAAUUUAGUUUCUAAAAUUACAAUUUUUCGUUUUAUUUUAAAAUAAUAUAGAUUUUGUGAAAAAUGAGGCAUCUCUGAAUUGGAUGUGGUAGAGAAAGAAUGUGAGAAGAUUUAAUUUGAGUCUUUUUUAUAUUUUGUGAAUUAAAAGGAAAAAUACGGAAAAUCACGUGGAAAUCUCGUGGAAAUCAAUAGAAAGAAUUUUCGUGAGAAAUAUUUUGAUUUCAAUAAACUUAUUAAAAAGUAAAACAAAUAA